ACUUGCUGCUCCACACAGAGAGAAGAGUAAAGAGGAGAGUCUGUGUGAAUUACUUUGUGGGUAAGGGUAGAUAGCUCCCAUUGUUCUGUGACCUGUCAAUCAUCAAACCGGGGGUACAUUUUUUCCCCUCAAUUUCUUUUCCUUCACUCACCCAUUUUGACCCACUCCAAACGGGUCCGCGACCCACUAGUUGAAAACCACUGUUCUAGAUGAUAAUGUAUCUGCUAAAUGUGUAUGCAUUUUUAUGAUGGGCCCCUUUGGAUCCAGGGUCUGGGGACUUCAUGGCGUACAAGGUGCAUGGCCAGUAGUGUUUGUAAUAAUGAAGCAUCAUUGUAAUACUCACAGAGCAACUGCCUGUUUUCACCAGUGGUGUAAAAACAUUUGUCCGUAAAAAAAAGGAGCCGAUGUUUUUCUCUAGAUGGAUCUUUGUUUUACUGCCGUUAUAAAUGAAUAAAUCCCAUAAACUGUACUAUGAAGGUUCAGUUGUGUGUAUGUACACAGAUUUGAAUUGUCUUUUCUUUUUCUCCUGAGAUAAUGCUAACUGAAAACGUACAAAUGGAUGAGGAGGAGUUAUCAGCAGCUACGUUGAAUCCAUGAAAGCACCACAGAGCGGCUGUAGUGUGAAGUGAUGUGUGUGAGACCACACAGGACUUCUGUUUGUGUUGUUCGUGUGCUUCAUCGAUGGAUUGGGUCUGCUAGCUCGGCCCUGCUGGGGGGUGGCAGCAACUACACAACCGCUGCCCCCCCGGGUCCGAGCUUCACCCACCAGCUGAACACCGCCUCACCUGUGGUGCCAAGGGUUGUUUCCAUAGUGACCAGCCUAGUGACCGCCAUCACGGAGGCCACAGUGGGAAACACAGGAAACACGUCCACAUUUGGCGGACAGAGAGGGGGCGAGCUGAGCGCGGCGUCCCCGUCGGUGCUGAGCGCAGUGGAGAGUAACUCGGUCCUGCAGGGCGUCGCCGUGGCCACACAGGCCCUGGUGCUGCUCUGCAUCUUCCUCCUUUCCAGCCUCGGAAACUCAGCGGUGGUCAUCGUCAUCAUCAAACACAGACAGCUCCGGACGGUGACCAACGCCUUCAUCAUGUCGCUGUCGCUUUCCGACUUCCUCACCGCCGUCCUGUGUCUGCCCUUCUCUUUCGUCAUGCUCUUCAGUAAGGACGGUACCUGGAUGUUCGGUGACGGUUUUUUCUGCGUGGCCAAUGGAUUUUUCAACACCUGCUUUGGCAUCACCUCGACCCUGACUAUGAUGAUUUCCUUCGACAGGUACUACGCCAUCGUCAGACAGCCCCAGGCUAAAUCGGGCCGCCAGAAAGCCACCCAGUUGUUGAUAGCUGUGUGGUUAGCUGCGGAUUUCUCCCUGCCUUGGUAUCUGUUGGUCCGUAACCCUCCGGAAAUCCAUAAGCGGGGUUUCUACCACUGUAUGUAUGUGUUCCACUCCGGGACCCACGCAUGGGGGACUACAUAUAGCAUCUGCCUUAUCGUCGUGUGUUACUUACUGCCCUUCUCCCUCAUGUGUUUUUGUCAUUAUAACAUCUGUAAGACGGUUCGUCUCUCUGAGAUCCGAGUCAGGCCCGUCACCACGUAUGCGUACUUGCUACGAUUUUACAGUGAGAUGCGAACAGCCACCACAGUCCUCAUUAUGAUUGUUUUUAUAAUUUUUUGUUGGGGUCCAUACUGUUUAAUGGGGUUGGUUACAGCAUUGGGAGACUACACAUUCAACCCUGCGAUGGACACAGUGGCUAUCUGGCUAGCAUGGGCAACGACAUCAAACCCCCUGAUCUACGCCCUGAGGAACCCCAAUAUAUCCAUGCUAAUGGGGCGGAGCAGAGAGGAGGGCUAUCGGACCAGAAAUAUCGGUUCAUACCUUUCCAACCAAACGCAGAACCGUGAUGCUCGGAUUAACCAAGCGGAAAGGAUAAGGGACCGCUACGUGACUCGUAUAGGGGUAAAUAACAACAGCCGAUUGUCCAGCUCGAGUCCUGCUAAAGGAGGUGAAGUGGCGAUGUGGGCGUGUAAAAACCCCGCUGUGUUCUUCUGCAGGGACGCUCAGCCCGACACGGCCACACUCGCCAACUCUGACAGUGCUCCGAAGAUGAAGACGGCUGACAACCAGCCUGUGACAUUCUGAGAGAAUCAUUGUUUCUUCUCUGAUCUGUAUUUGCUGCUGCCACCAGUUUGUGGCAAGUUAGGAAAUACCUGAUAGUAUUUAUGUGUAUUCAGUACACACACUCGGAAAUUUUUAGGACUCAAUCCACAGUUUGAUCAGAUUUUUGUUCUAGGAAUCAAAAGGAUUAUUUUAGCUCUUCAUGUAUUACUAUUAUAUUAUGUUACACUGUGUGAAGACAAAGGUCAGGACUGUGAACACUCUAUUUUGACUUAUUUUAUACAAGAACGUUCUGGAAUUCCAUCAUUGAUAAAGCAUGGAGCGAAAUGCAAAGCAUUCGUGUUAAAAACA